AUGUAUGAACGUUGUCUUACUGAGGGUCUAAGACGUUUUGAAGAUAGUUGGUCACAGAAUGUGACGAUUAUUUCACAGGAUAGUGAAUAUGAGAGGUUAUGUAGAAGUUAUAGAGCAAUAACUAGAUGUGUAAGGAAAGCUAUUGCUACUACGCAGAAAACUAUGAGCGAGAUUGACACGGGAGAUAUAAAUCAACGGCCCGUUUUGCCUCCUCCUUCGGCUCCCACUAACCCUCUCCCUCCCCCUAAACUCCCAGCAAUUAAGAUACCUGAAUUUAGCGGUGGGGAGAAACAAUGGCUUGCAUUUCGGGAUAUUGAUCGUAGGGAUAUUUUCGAUGUGAUUAAGUUUUCUACACUCAGAGCUAGUUUAAGGGAUAACCCCUUUAAAGCCAUAGAAGGUUUGCUUGUCACUAAUGCCAAUUAUUCAGUAGCUAUUCAGACCCUUAAGGAGAGGUAUGAUAAUAAGGAAAAAUUGAAACGUAGACUUAUGUCCAAAUUAACACAUUUAGUCCCUCCCAGUCAUACAAUAGAAGAUUUGAACACGUUCAAAUUGGAAUAUAAGAUUAUUUUACAAAUGAACACAUUGAAUUUAGAUGUAGAAGCCAUGAACCCCAUUUUCUCUGGUAUAAUAUGCGAUAAAUUAUCACCUGAAACACGUAAGGCUAUAGCUAAUAAACAUAAUAGUAUGUCUCUUGAUUUAAAGCAAAUUUCCUCAGGUUUGAAAUAUGUUUGUGAAUUAAUGGAAUUUUGUUACGAAGGUGAGAAUUCUAAUAAGAGAAAACGGGAUCAGGGCAACUAUUCUAAAGUGAUUCCCUCAAAUGUGCAAAAUGUGCAGAGAGCACAACCAAGUAACAGUAAACCUAGUAAUAGUAGUCCUUACAAUAAUUGUGUGUUUUUCUCAUCGAACCAUACCUCUUGCGAUUGUAAGACUUUCAAAUCCAUUGAUUGUAGAAGGGACAGAGUUAAAUAUUUAAGAUUGUGCUUUGCUUGCCUCAAAGGAGGUCAUUUAUUCUCUGAAUGUAGAAAUAAGCCGAAAUGUAAUAUAUGUGAUGGGCCUCAUUACCCGAUGAUUUGUAAGAAAACAGAAAACCCUGUUAAUCCUGCUCCACCAAAGUUGAUUGUAAAUAGUACUAAUGUUAGUAAAUCAAAUGUUAAUUCUGGGAAAUCUCAUAAUGAUUCUAAAGGUGCUGUUAGUAAAGGUGAUUCCCCAGUAGUUAUGACUGCUUCUUUGGGAAUUGAUCAUUCUCAGACUAAUAAGAUUUCUGUUUCGACUGCUCUUCCUACUGCUAAGGUAAUUGUGUCAGGGAAUGGACAUCGUUCCUUUGAGAGAGCACUCUUUGAUUCUGGUGCGCAAAGAACGUUUAUUGCAACGGAAUUAGCCCAUAAGCUUAGUCUAUCGUCCAUAGCAACAGUAGCCUUAAAGGUAAAACCAUUUGGCAGUGAUGCCAUGGAAGUUAAUUGUAAUAUAGUAAGAGUUGUGGUGAGACUAGGUAAGAUUCGUACUGUCAUUAAUGCCAUUGCAUUCGAUAGAGUUAAUUCCAGAAUUUAUUCUCCAGGAUUAAGUAAGUCAGCUGCGUUCUUGACGAGUAAAGGCAUAAAAUUAGCAGAUAAUGAUUUAAAUUCAGAUUAA